AUGGAGCAGUACUUGGAGCAACGUUAUGCGAUUAAGUUUUGCGUACGACUGAACAAAACCACAACGCAUACUCUCGGUAUAAUUCAAGAGGCCUUUAAGGAAGAAGCCAUGUCCCGUGCAAUGGUUUUCACGUGGCAAAAACGUUUCAAAGGAUGCCGCGGGAAUGUUGAAGACGACGACCGCUCUGGGAGGCCAUCAUCAAACCGAACGAAUCAAAAUGUGAAGAGAGUGAGGGAACUUUUAAACAAGGUGUGUGCCAAACUGGUGCCAAAAGUUUUGUCGGUGGAUCAGAAGAAACGGCUCAUGACUUCGCCAGCAAAUGUUCCAACGGUUGAAUGUUGA